AUGUCUUUCUCCUACUGGUGUCUUGAUAUCAUGUACGCACUGUUUUCGACACUUCGCGUAUAUGUCAUUUCGGAGCGCAAUUGGUGUGUAUCGCUCCUCGUGUUUGCGUUGGCACUCGUGCCAUUAGUUUCAGACAUUUACCACUUCUGCAAUAUCAAGCUAGUUACCCUGUCACCCUUUUCUGGCUUCACCAUCGCUGCAAGAGCAAGCCUUGUUAUGUCUGACGCUAUCGUGCUACUGGUCAUUUUAAGAAAGACGUAUCAUAUCCAGGAGAUUAUUCGCCAGACGCACGCUAAAGCGUCUUUGUCGUCAUUGCUACUGAGAGACGGAUCCUUCUACUUUGUGAUGCUUUUUGCGCUCAACACGUUGGACGUAACAUUUUGGGUCACUAACGGCUUCACAUACGUGGAUCUCUAUGUUUCGGUAUUGACCACCCUCACGCUAUCGAGGUGUAUCCGCAACCUCCGCGGGGCAUUAAUUGGGAAUCAUGAUGUGUCCUUCACAAUUUCGUCCGACGCACACUUCGUGUCUCAGCCAGUAUCUAGCCUCGCCACAGUGCCGCACACUGUCGAUGGAGAGCUGGAAGAGCCUUAA